AUGAGUGAGACACUUGAAGAAGUAGAGGGGCCGGUGACCGAGACAAUAGACGCGACAGAGAGCUGGGUAAACGGACUCUGCACAGGAAAGAAGGUUUUGUUGGUCACCAACUGCCAAGCGGUUCAGCGGAUACAGAUCGACGUGAUUGCAUCGAAGCGUGCUUUGGAACAAUUGGGAGUGUCAAUUGACGACUGGUUGAGCUUCAACAACCACGUGGACUACGCCUACGAAAAGUCGGCGAAGGCAACGAACUCAAUGGUGAGGAACGUGCCAAACGUUAGCAGUUUGAGGUGCAGUACGAAACGUCGUCUAGCUGGUGUUUCGUCAUUGAUAAUUCGAUAUGUAGUUUCGGCAUGGGGUGUGGUGCUGAAAACCAAGCGGAACCGUGAAAUGGUGAACAGGGCGUUCCGGCUGAUGCUCGUGCAGAACAAUAUCGUCGUUUCACUUUGGUGGAGGAUAUCAAGUUCUACAAUCGGAGAAACGUGA